GUGAACGCUUUGCAGAUUUUUUACAACAGUUUUGGAAACGAAAAGUAUCGUUUUAAAUGCGUUCAUUAAUUAGUCGCUGUCCACAGUGCUGAAACUUUUCAGCACUCCAUUUUUACAGUAUUACAACGGAAUAAUUAGUUGUGGUAUAAGAAAAUAAUACAGCAUUAAAUACCGUUAGUUUUAUUUUAACAAUUAUUAACAGAAAUACAGCCAGAUUUUAACCGUGUAUUAAUGUUUUUAUUUUUAUUUUCUUUUGGUCUGAACAUAGGCUAACUAGGAUAUUUGAACAAUUUUAAAUUGAUCUUAGAACAGUGUUCUCCUGUGGUGCAAUGUAAUUGUUGGUGUAAUGUUCCAUGUUUGCACCCCCGGAUUGCACUGCACACUUGCACCGGGACCGGUGCCUGCCGCAGGGGGGAAAAGCUUUGGCCGAGCCCGGCAGCUUGUCUAUUGCCCAUAAAACCAGGGGAUGUGCCGGGGUUGAAUGACAGGAGGUAAAUGAGGCGUAAAAUUAAAGAAUCUUUCUCUAAUGGUAAAAGCAAGAAGCAAACAGCGACCGUCCGUGAGCUGAAAAUCAAAGAAGUGGAGCAGCAGACAUGUCCAGUAGCAGAAGUUAGAAUAUGGAAGCGUGAAUAUCCUAUUUUGUUGUGCUGACUAUACGGGAUUUUUCUGAGCACGGGGAAAUGUUGAGACAGCCGUCAAACAGCGUUCCGCCUCAGCCCUCAGGGGGACCGGUUGGAGCUACAACUAACACCAAACCGGAGAACAGCAAACCGGCGCCCCCGCCGCCGCCAGUAAAUGAACGGAAAACUUUUUGUCCCUCGGAAAAUAAACCGUGCGAUAUGGAAGCCAAUAAAGCAUACGGGACGUUUAAAAACACUGCACCUGGACCCACGUUUGCUGGCGUUAAUUCUGCCGUGCGCAAGGAUUCCGUCGGUAAAAUGGAUGCAUCGACCGGUAAAGCAACGUCGGACUUCAUGUCUAACAAUCAAAGUGCUGUAAGGAUCGCGGCGGAGCAUAACAACAGCACCGGCGACUGGACCUCCAUGAGCCAGACCACCAUCAUACUGGGUACAGAUGGCAAUACAUCUGUUCUGCCUGGCACGGUGACCGGGCCCCCCACAGAUGAUACUGGGCGGUUGUUCCAGGACGAUGAUGAUGAUGAUGGAGGAGAUGAGAAUAAGGCUCGGGGAAACUGGUCCAACAAACUGGACUUUAUUCUGUCCAUGGUGGGAUAUGCCGUGGGCUUGGGAAAUGUGUGGAGAUUCCCAUAUCUUGCUUUCCAGAACGGGGGAGGUGCGUUUUUGAUACCUUACCUAAUCAUGUUAGGCCUCGCCGGUAUACCUAUAUUUUUGUUGGAGGUGUCGUUGGGUCAGUUCGCCAGCCAAGGCCCGGUGUCGGUGUGGAAAGCGAUUCCAGCUCUACAAGGUUGCGGGAUUGCCAUGUUGAUAAUAUCUGUCUUGAUAGCCAUAUACUAUAAUAUUAUUAUGUGCUGGACAUUGUACUACCUGUUCGCUUCGUUGAAGGAGACACUGCCAUGGGCCACCUGUAAAAAUGAAUGGAACACCGUCGAGUGCAAAGACAAAGACAUGCUGCUUUUGGACACGUGUAUUCUAAGAGACCGAAACAUCACGUCCAUCAAGAACACUACAUUCUGUUUAUCUGCAAAUGUGGUUGGGAAUUUAAGUAAACUGUUGAAUGUCACAGUGGACAAUAAAACCUAUGUCAGCCCUAGCGAGGAGUACUUCAAGUAUAAUGUGUUGCAUAUUUCGAAGGGUAUUGAAUAUCCAGGCGAUAUCCGCUGGCCACUGGCUGCUUGUCUGUUUCUGGCUUGGCUUAUUGUUUAUGCCUCUUUGGCUAAAGGGAUCAAGUCCUCAGGGAAGGUGGUGUACUUCACUGCCACGUUCCCUUAUGUGGUGUUGGUCAUUCUGCUUAUCCGAGGAGUCACUCUGCCUGGAGCCGGUUCUGGAAUCCUUUACUUCAUAACACCCAAAUGGGAAAAACUCAACGAUGCUAAGGUUUGGAAAGACGCAGCCACGCAGAUUUUCUUCUCUCUGUCUGCAGCAUGGGGUGGACUGAUAACCUUGUCAUCCUACAAUAAGUUUCACAACAACUGUUACAGGGAUACACUCAUUGUGACGUGUACGAACAGCGCCACCAGUAUAUUUGCCGGUUUUGUCAUUUUUUCAGUCAUAGGAUUCAUGGCUCAUGAGCUCAAAGUCCCCAUUGAGAGUGUGGCAGAUGAAGGUCCAGGAAUUGCAUUUGUUGUGUAUCCAGAGGCUCUGACCAGGCUUCCUUUGUCACCUUUCUGGGCCAUCAUCUUCUUCCUUAUGUUACUUACACUUGGCCUGGACACUAUGUUUGCCACCAUAGAGACCAUAGUGACAUCUGUUUCUGAUGAGUUUCCCAAAUACCUGCGCAAACACAAACCUCAAUUCACAUUAGUAUGCUGUUUGUCCUUUUUCGUGCUGGGUUUCCCCAUGAUCACUGAGAGUGGGAUGUACAUGCUUCAGCUGGUGGACACAUUCGCAGCCUCUUACUCUCUCGUCAUCAUCGCCAUAUUUGAACUGGUCGGAAUCUCUUACAUUUAUGGUCUACAGCGGUUUUGUGAGGACAUUGAGAUGAUGAUCGGCUUCCAGCCAAACAAGUUUUGGAGAGUGUGCUGGGCCUUUGUCACUCCAACCAUUCUCACAUUCAUUUUGGCACUUAGUCUGUACCAGUGGAAGGUGAUGACGUAUGAGGAUUACACUUAUCCGAACUGGUCUAUGGUACUCGGCUGGCUUAUGGUCAUCUGUUCUGUUAUAUGGAUUCCCAUCAUGUUUGCUAUUAAGAUGCAUCUUGCUCCUGGAUCUUUAAUUGAGCGUCUGAAGUUGGUAUGUUCUCCUCAACCCGACUGGGGUCCGUUCCUGAUGAAACACCGUGGCGAACGCUACAAGAACAUGAUCGACCCACUUGGCACGAACUCCCUCGGCCUCAAACUCCCCCCCAAAGAUUUCCAGCUAUCAGCCCAAUAUCAAUAAUCCUCCUCCUUCCCUGUGAGUGUGAAAUAUCCCGAGACCCCUGAGGGUGAGACCAGCACUCACACCAAACUCUUCCCUUUCAACCUCCCCUUCUAUCCAUAGCGCUCUCUUUCAGCCAUAUCCCCCUCUUCCGGCUCUUUCUGAGGGGUUCUUUCAGGUGGAAAGCACAGUAACUUCUAUAAUUAGGUUUUUUUUUUUUUUUUUGGUUUUCUGGAUAAUUCUAGUCGGUUUGAGAGUGGAGGUCAUGCGCAUUCGAUCCCAGCUGAAUCCUUUCUCAGAGGCAAUAUAAUGAUGCUGUUGCAACUGUUGAGGCAAUAUUUGACUGACUGUGCAUCAUGCAGUGGUUGUUUUUUAAUUUAUUUUUCAUUCUGAAGUGACUGCUGAUGUAAAAAAAAAAAAAGAGAGCGAGAACAAAAAUGAUGAGAAUAAUAUUUAUAUUUAUGGACUAUUUGCUUGUCAUCUCUUAAAUACAGCAACAUAAUUGAAAUAAGCUGCUGAGUAGUGCACAGUGAAUUUGAACUCUUUUCUGGUAUCGCUCUCCACUCGUGUCCACUUAUAGCUGUACCUUGUGCCUCAGACUUCCUCUAUUUAUAAAAUACUGCAUAGUAUAGUGCUAAUUAAACCAAUCAUACUACAUUAUGGAGGGAAGUGAGCGCAUUUCAGUCUCUGUGAAUUAUACUACUCUUUCUUACUAAAAAUAUCUCUACAUAUCUCUAUAUGUACAGAUAUAUAUCUCUAUCCGAAUUAUCUUUACAGUGGUAUAGAAGCAAAACUCAUAGCGUAGGUUUCCAGUAGUGAACAGUAGAUCCAUCCCUUUCUUCAGAGAAAAAUUAGCCAUGCAAAACUGUAAUAAUACCUUUCAGUGUUGUUUAGAGUAGCACUCAACGGCCAACUAGCAGUUAUGUAUGUAUACUAAUAUUUAGAGUAUGCUUUCGAGUACGUGUCGUGAUCUGUUGUGAAUCCUCAUGUUCUUAUGCAGUACACAGUUCUAGUGGAGCACAAAAAAGAAAAGCCGAGGAAAAACUUAGGAGUGUGGUGUUUGUCUGGUAAUUCUGUUUAAAAAAUUAUAUUUUAGAUCUAGGUGAUGAUAUUUUUUAACAGUUGCUUGCACAGGAUAUGUAGAUUAGGAUAAAAAAGCUAAUGUUUUUGAUCUGAAAUCAUGUGCUUUGGGACCACACUCCUUUUGUUUUUGGUUAUGGACGUCAUCCAUCUCUGUUUGUCUGUUUGUCUUCAUGAAACAGGGUCUCAGGUAUUACUCCGUUCCAUCAAACGUAUCAUAUGUUGGAUAACAGCUUGUGGAAGCUUCAUUUUUCUUUGUAGUGUAAUUAUAUAACCGAUACAUAAAAGUGCAUAUUGUUCAGAAUAUAAGGCCAUAUAUUGAGAAACUGAAUUCUUACGUAUAUUAUUAUUGUCCUGUUUCCAGAUAUUGGACUGUAAAUAUGGUUACAGAUAUAAUGUUAUAGUAAUAUUGCUUUGGGCAACAGACGAUUACAAGAAGCACUUUGAGUAAACAUCACGCAAAAUUUGGUGGUUGCUCUUUAAAAAACCACAAUGGUUAAAAAAAAAGCUAAAACUAAAAAGCAAGUAGUAUUUUAUUUUUAUUGUUUAUUGGUUGGUUGGUUAAAAAUGUAUAUCUGAAUGAUAACUACUGUGAAUAUAGUUUAGAUAGUAUUACAAAUUAAGAAAGCCACACUGCCCACGCAAUAACCAGAAUAAUAACUUUGCCUGGGAGUGAUGUGUUUCAAAAGCCAUGUAAUAUGCAGAUAUUACACUAAUCACCUUGAAUAUUCAGCAUUUAUAAAACAGAACAAAGGUGUUCCUCAGUAUAUAUAAAAGAGAUGCUUUUUCUGAUACAUGUUUAAUCUCUGUGUAGUAUACGUUUGUGUGUGUGUGAAUGUGUGGAAAUAUAUGCAGCGUUUCAUGUUACAGUAUAUACAUAUAUAUUUAUAAUAAUCCAACCAUCCAGACAUGAUCAAAUGCAGCCUGGUAGUCAGUUUGAGAUCCACAAUAUACUUGGUUUGUAUGCACUGAAAUUGCUAUACAGUAUUUAUAUACAGUAUUUUCCAGAAUAUAAGUUGGAUUAUUAUAAUCUGAAUAGUGUGUUAAGUCUUGUAAAAUAAAAGAAAAGUUAUAAAAAUCUUUAUUAAUUUUAUUAAAACAAAAAAUAUAUAUGGCAGAAGUCCACAAUAGCUGUAAUGACAGGAACAAUUUUAGAAUUACCUUUAAACUGUUUUUUCACCUCAUGAGCACAAAAAAAAACAUGAACAGCCAAUCAGAAUCUAUUCUCUUUUGAAAGCAUACGCUUCAAAAAGAAGUAAACGCUAACACACUGAUGCUUGUCAUUCAGGUCUUUAAAGCCAUUUUUCUGGAAAAUACAGUACUUAUUUUAAAAAAGUUACACUCUUAAAAAUAAAGCUUCUUUAUUGACAUUAUGGGUUCCAAACUUUUAAAAAUAAAGGUGCUGUAAAGAACCAAAUGGGGGUUUUCCCUAGAGAUGCCAUAGAAGAACCUUUUUUGGUAGGAAAAAGAAACUUUUAGUGAAGUUCUUCAAGGGUCAAUUUCUUUCAUAGUGUUCUGAAUAUUUUCAUAAUCUAAAGAACCUUUUUUCCACUGUAAAGAUAUUUUUUGUGGAAUGAAACCAUCAAUGCCAA